AUGAUCAAAGUGAGCCUCUCACGUUAUAAUCUUGAUUGCAGGUCAUGGGAGUCGAAGGCGGUUGAUCGGCGUGAAUGGCGCGAUUCAAUCACGAGGGCAGUUACGGAAGUGGGGGAGAAAGACCUCAUGCAUGCAGAGAAGAAACGGCAAGUGCGGAAACGACAAGCACCGAUGGACUGUACUCCAUCGACAUCGAAUGCAUGGUGCUGUAUCACGUGCGGUCGCGAGUGCCUGAGUCAGGCAAGCCUA